CUGCGCAAGAGUGGCGCAGCUUCAACUCGCAUGACACACUCCGAGUUCGCAAACGUUUCACAGUCAUAUGACAGCGGUCAGUUCCUCCCAAACACUACGUUACGAUUCUAGUGGUGAAAAACAUUGCAAACAACCAAAACCAACACAGACCUGUUUAAUCCAGCAUCAAUAUGUUGGCACUCAUUAACCGCCUCCUGGACUGGUUUAAGUCUCUCUUCUGGAAGGAAGAAAUGGAGUUAACCCUCGUCGGGCUGCAAUACUCGGGAAAAACGACGUUUGUUAACGUAAUCGCGUCAGGCCAGUUUAGCGAAGACAUGAUUCCAACUGUUGGGUUCAACAUGAGGAAGGUCACAAAAGGCAACGUCACCAUCAAGAUCUGGGAUAUAGGAGGUCAGCCGAGGUUCAGGAGCAUGUGGGAGCGAUACUGUCGUGGGGUGAAUGCAAUUGUGUACAUGGUGGACGCAGCAGACCGGGAGAAGGUUGAAGCUUCCAGAAACGAGCUGCAUAAUCUUUUAGACAAGCCACAGUUACAAGGAAUCCCUGUGUUGGUGCUCGGGAAUAAGAGAGAUCUACCUAAUGCGUUGGAUGAGAAACAGCUAAUUGAAAAAAUGAACUUGGCUGCUAUUCAAGACCGGGAGAUCUGCUGCUACUCUAUUUCCUGCAAAGAGAAAGAUAACAUUGACAUUACACUUCAAUGGCUAAUCCAGCACUCAAAGUCAAGAAGAAGCUGAAAGUGUCUUCAGAGGGCUGCCUGCUCUUCAUCCGCUGCCAUGUUACUCUCACACCACAUCUUGCUCACUUUGUGAAGCUGUACAGUUCUCCAUACCGCCCCCUCACACUACCCUGCUCGUCUGUUCCCAUAAUUCUUCACAAGCUCCUCCUCCCAACUGCAUCAGUUAUGUCAAAGAUACAUCAGUCGCUAAAAGACGCUAGCCUGCAGAAUGAGUUCCUCCACCUCUUACAGCCUGCUGUCAGAUGAACAUUAUGGAUUCAUGGUUUCGCAAAUCCCAGCAACUCCGGUGGUCUCCACUUGGGGUUUCCUGAACAAAUGUAUUUAAAAACUGAGAAGCGUUCAAACUUUAAUAUCGUGUUCUGCUUUUUCUUCCGUUCUGUCAGGUUAAGCUCUUGAGAGCGUGUAAUAUCUUUUGGACUGUUGCUUUUAUUUCUUUCCUUUUCUCUUUCCCCCCCCAAAUUGUCUCUUGAGAAAUCCGUAAUCUUUAGAUACGAGGAGCAGUCCAGUAAAUAAACAGUUCAAAUGAUGAUUCAGAGAGAUUUUUACAGAAAUGAGUGUAAGUAUAUUUGAGAGGAUGAAUGUUUUGCUGGUAAAGGUUUUCAUUUAGCUCAAUGAUGUCUUUGCAUCCUGUUCAUGAGCUUAGAGAGAGCGAGUAGGUGAAGUUAAAGUGCCUUGUGCAGUGUAUCUGUCCCUCAAGAUAAACAGUAUACCGGGUGUGCCUACCUGGAUCUAGAUUGGAUAAAGACAGCUUACUUUGAACUGCAAGAACCGAAGGCAUGCUUUUUAAGGUAGAUUAUUGUACUGUUGUCAUUAUCAGCUAAAUAUUUGUGAAAAGAGGCAAAUGUUGGAAAUCCCACUAUUAUCAAUGCACUUUUGUAAAUAUGAUGAACCAAUAAAUAGAUUGUCAACAUGUAGGAGGAAUCUUGCAUUGUUGUGUUUGAUUUUAUUUUUAAUUUUUUAUCUCAAGUUAUGGUGAAUCAGGUAUGUGAAGAGAUAUGCUAUCUCCUGUUUUCAAAUUUCAAGUUUGAAAGGUGCAGCGCAUCUGUACAUUUUGUUUAAGCUAAUUAAAUCAACAAAACAUUGCUAUUGCUCUUCCUAUUUAAGCUUAGUUCAACCUUAAUAAUUGCACAUUUUUAAGAUUUUGAUUUAACAUUUUUGUUCAAUUAUUUGUAGCUACUAAAUCAGUUAAUUUGGUACUUGUAACUAAGGUUUUUGUGUACUUUAUAGUUCAUAUAUAUCAGCAUUUUAUUGCAAUGUUAACGUUAUUAUACUGAUUCUAUUAAAAAUGAACUGUAAAUAAAAAAAUGAGCAAAAUUUCAUCAGUA